AUGUACUAUAGAGCAAUUUAUAAGAACACCUACAAGUAUCCUAUGUGUGGGAUGAAUGGUAGCAACAUGUGGCCACCUACUGAAUUCAUUCCACCUUUGCCACCAUUGAAAAGAAAAAUGCUAGGUAGACCUAAAGUUAAUAGAAGAAAAGAUUCAAGUGAAAGCGGUGCUAGACAUAUUGUGUCAAAGGUUGGGAAAAAGAUUAUGUGUAGUGUAUGCAAACAAGCAGGACAUAACAAGGUUACAUGUUCUAAAUCUAAAAAGCCAACAAAACUAGAGGUAAGGAAAAGGAAGAGAUCAAAUGUUAUUGAUGGGGAGGGAAGCAAUGCUAAGAAGGCAAAAGGUAUGACAGAUAAGGAAGGAGGGAGGGGUAAUAAGGGCAUUAAUGGAAAAGUUGGGGAAGGAAGCAAUGGUAAGAAGGCAAAUGAUGUUAUAGAUGAUAAAGGGGGGAGGGGUAAAAAGAGCAGUAAUGAAAAAGUUGGGGAAGGAAGCAGUGGUAAGAAGGCAAAUGAUGUUAUAGAUGAUAAAGGGGGGAGGGGUAAAAAGGGCAGUAAUGGAAAAGUUGGGGAAGGAAGCAGUGGUAAGAAGGCAAAUGAUGUUAUAGAUGAUAAAGGGGGGAGGGUUAAAAAGAGCAGUAAUGGUAAUGUUGGGGAAAGAAGCAAUGGUAGGAAGACAAGAAAGAAGUCGGAAAGAAUUUUGAAGAAAAAACUUGGUACACGGGUUGAGGGUAACAAUGGGGAAGGCAACACUAUUGACAAGCCAAUGGAACUAGAAUAG